AUGCACUACUUUGGCCUCCUCACCUUACUUUCUCUUAUACCAUUCACUGAAUCAACUUCUCUCCCUUUAGGAUAUCUCCAUCAUCCUCAGCCUAGAAGUGACCAUGGUGUAUUGGAAGAAAGACAAACUGAUGGUACAGGUUGGCACGGAUACAGAAGUGUAGGAUAUUAUCCAAACUGGGUCAUAUACAAUGAUGAUCCAUUCACUGUAAACGAUAUCACAGCAAAGGAUUUCACUCAUAUCAUAUACGCUUUUGCCAACGUUGAUCGAAAUAGUGGAGCGGUUUAUUUAGGUGACAAUUAUGCGGAUACUCAAUUCCCCUAUCCAGGUGAUAAUCCAGAUAAUGAUCAAGGUAACAACCUAUAUGGGAACUUGAAACAACUUUUCCUAUUAAAAAAGAAUAACAGGAAUCUAAAAAUCCAAUUAGGCAUAGGAGGUGCUACAUAUUCAUCCAUCGCCAGAGCUCACUGGUACACUCAUACUUGUUCUAGUCCGAUGACUGCUCAAACUGCUUCUCUCGUUGAUCUUUUCAAACGAUUGAGGACUAGUCUUAACAACGCUGCUAGCCAAAUUGGAGGUGGUCAUUUCAUUCUUUCUUGGGCCGCAGCGUGUGGUUUUCCUAAUUGGUCUGCACAAGAUGUUCGUGGUAUGGAUCAGUACCUUGAUUAUUGGAAUCUAAUGGCAUACGACUUUUCCGGACCUUGGACAGAUAUGGCUCUUCCUGCAUCAAAUCUUCUACCCGAUAAGAGAUCUUCCGAUGUGAACGCAUCUGGAUCACAAUGUCUACAACAUUAUAUCGAUUCAGGUGUUGACUCCAGAAAACUCAAUCUUGGGUUGCCACUUUACGGAACUGGAUUUACUGGGACUCGAGGGAUGUGGACUUCGUAUUCCGGGAACGAACAAUACAACACCGCCGAAUUGCCACUUGAUGGUGAUCCGGUUCAAUACGAUGCUGCUCUUGGAGGAUCCUGGAGUUAUAACCCAUCAACAGGAAGAGUCGUUUCCUUCGAUACACCAACAUUAGCAAUUCAAAAAGCCAACUAUGUGAUUUCACACAAUAUCGGUGGAAUGAUGUAUUGGUCAAUUGAUGGUGAUUAUACUAAAUUACAACCUAUCGCAGCAAGUUUACCUGAUAGACCCGCAAGACAAGGAUUAGACUCCAACGGUCAAAAAUGUACUUGUCCACCUGUCCCAGGAGGAGGAAAUAAUGUUCCUAUCAAUACCAAUAUCGGAUAUAGUCUUGUCGAUACUGUCGUUACCGCUUUCAAAAGGAAUGGAGGUGGUUUGGAUAAUACUCAGAAUAGAUUAAAGUAUCCUAAUUCAGAAUACGAUAAUAUUCGAAACGGACUUUGA